GGCGUGUGUUUGGGGUGGGUACCUGUUCUCAAAAUCUGCUGGUUUUCAUAUAAUCAGAUAGAACCAAUGUAUCCUGGCUCUACAUUUGGAGUCACACGAUCUGGGAAGCUUUGCGGUCUCAGAGAGAGGUACUGGAGUGCUUUGGGUGGUGGAAUGUCCUUGCGACAAGGACAAAUUUUCUGUCCCUCCUCCCCCACUGCAUGCUUUCUUUUGCUUUUUUUUUUUCAGUAGAAGCCCAGAUUAAAAUAGUAAUACCCCCUCAGAUUGUCCAGUGAGUCAUGGUUUGCUAGUGCUUUCUCAUCCAAUAUGAUUUUGUUCUGGACUAUUGAGGUUAGCAUGAAUUAUUUUCCUCAGUUUGUGAGAGGCAGCCGAGGCUCAGACCCUGUGGUCAGUGGUAGAGAAGGAGAAUCUUAGGACCUCGGUCUACCUGAUGGCAAGCCUAUGCUGUCUCCACCGGGCCAUACUGAGCCGUCUACACUGGCCCACCUGAUCUUCCCAGGAACCAGGCUUACAGGCCUGUGAGUGUUGGCCAAGAUAGAGGGAUGACCUUCAGCUAAGGACUGGAGGAAAGCUCACUGACCCAGAGAGGAACUGUAUCUGAGGCUUUGGCCGAGAUCCAGAGCUCAGGAAGCCAGCUGAGGACCUGUUGAUGUGGCAUGUCAAGGAAAAGCAUGUUGGGCCAGCUGGGGGUUGCUUGCUGCUCAGGCCCCCUCCAUGUGCUCCCUUUUCAGUGGCCCUUCUCCCGGUUCCUGUUCUUCCAAGAGCCAGCUUCUGCCAUGGCCUCUUUCCUCAACGGCUUAGCCAGCCUGGUGAUGCUCUGCCGCUACCACACCUCCGUGCCAGCCUCCUCCCCCAUGUAUCCCACCUGCGUGGCCUUCGCCUGGGUCUCCCUCAAUGCCUGGUUCUGGUCCACAGUCUUCCACACCAAGGACACCGACCUCACAGAGAAAAUGGAUUACUUCUGUGCGUCCACCGUCAUCCUACAUUCCGUCUACCUGUGCUGUGUCAGGAAAUGCCGCUCUGGGCACGGGCUGCCCUCCACCUGAGCAGCUCUGGAUGGUGGGGCAGGACCGUGGGGCUGCAGCACCCAGCUGUGGCCAGUGCCUUCCGGGCCCUCCUGCUGCUAAUGCUGACCGCGCAUGUCUCCUACCUGAGCCUCGUCCAUUUCGACUAUGGCUACAACCUGGCGGCCAAUGUGGCUAUUGGCCUGGUGAACGUGGUGUGGUGGCUGGCCUGGUGCCUGCGGAACCGGCGGCGGCUGCCUCACGUGCGCAAGUGCAUGGUGGUGGUGCUGCUGCUCCAGGGGCUGUCCCUGCUUGAGCUGCUCGACUUCCCGCCUCUCUUCUGGGUCCUGGACGCCCACGCCAUCUGGCACAUCAGCACCAUCCCGGUCCACGUGCUGUUCUUCAGCUUUCUGGAAGAUGACAGCCUGUAUCUGCUGAAGGAAUCAGAAGCCAAGUUCAAGCUGGACUGAAGGCCCUGGGAGCCGGUCUGCCCCACUGGGGGUCCUGCCCUGCCCCCUGCUGCUCCCUUUCACCUCAUAAUCCUUGAGAUGAUUAAUUUUUUUUCCUUUUAGCAUCUUGAACUUGGACAUGAAGGGUGUGGGCCCAGAAUCAUGUAACUGCCCAUCCCCUUGCUUGCCCCCAGAUGGCCCUCUGAGGUCUUGGAGUUUGCUCAGGCUUGACCUUUCAGCAUCUAGGGUUAGAGAAUGGGCAGCAGCCCCUCUGGUUCCUGGAGCAAAACCGGAGUGGAACUGUUCUCAGCUCCGCCAAGAGGAGAGCUGCCGCUGCCUCUGCCUCCCCGUCAGCCUCUUCUCCACAUCCCCUCAGUGCCUGGGUGGUUCCCACAGCUGUCUGUCUAUCUGGACAACCAGGUACCACAGGCCUUUGAGGACCGUGGAAUCCCUUCCUGUUACCCCCUGCCCUCCUCUGGGGCACCACUAGGUGGCACUAGACUCUUGCUCUUUGGCUGCCUAAGUUCCAAGGCAGGUCUCAUUCUCCCCGUGGGAUCCUGAUGGACCAAGCUGCUGGGAUUGGGGAGUGGUCUUACCCUGACUGUUGUCUCAGCCAGACCCCAAGAGACCUCACUACAUUCCUUCCCCAUUCAAGGCCAGAACCCCACAGAGCCCAGGACAGGAAUGCCUCCGGCUCCUCUGCUAAGGUUCUGGUUGGGAGCCUGCACAUGAGUGUGUAAGGGAGUGUGAACCACACUGAGUGCACAGGUGACAGGGUGGCAGGCACAGGCCUGAGGUGUGUGGGAUGCUGGGUGGGACAGUGGAUAUGAGCAUAUGUGGAGAGUGGGGUGGGUGUGCAUGGUUUUUAAAGUGUGUGCUGCAGGACAGGCAGGUGAGAGUGAGUGCCGUGAGUAUACCACAGGGUCGGGGGAGGUUAGAGGAAUAUGGGGUAUCAAGUUACCACCAACUACCUUUUGAGCACUAGCUCUGCACAAGGCCCCAGGCCAGGCAGAGAGCCAGGAUAUCCUCAAAGUCUGGCUGGGGGUCCCAGCUAUAGGUGUGUGUUUUGGUCCGUUGCCCCCACAACGGCCCACACACAACUCCAUAUCACCCUCCAGAAACAGCCUCUUGGGAGGCAGAGGGAGGAAGGGAAACUGGGAUUCUCUGGUCUCUCCAGCCUCUGUCUCCUUGCUGAGGCUUGGUUGUCCUCCCCCUCCCCCAGUGCCCUACCAGCUAAGCCCCUUUGUCACAGCCUGAACCUUGAGAAGGGGGGCAGUCUGAGGGAGUAGGGGAGAAGGAUUGCGGCUGGGCCUGAUUUCCGGCCUUCCCAGAGACAGGCAGGGGCCGUGCUGUCCCUGCACCCCAGGAAAGGUGAUCCCUGCUAGUUGCCAGCAGCCCUGGCACAUUCCAGCUCCACAAGGAUAGAAGGUGAAGCUCCAGAAACUUUCCAUCCAAAGGCAGUCUGCGUGAUUGGAGCAGGGAGUCUGGGUUCUCGUUCUUUCCCUGCCCCCUUGUCCCUCCCUGGAGUCGGGGCACUGUGCUAGGACUCCAGCCUCAGACUUGGGUGACCCGCAUUUCUUUUGAUAUUGAGAACUAUUUUAAGGUAGGAGGGAGGGUAGCAAGGGACAUUCUUAAUAAACCAAUUCUCAGCCUCCUCUA